UGCUGCUGGAGGAGGUGGUGCUGGCCGAGGCCGGUCACGUCUCCGCCCGGCUGCUGACUGGACUGGGCGUGCUGCAGCAAGUGGCCAGGCAGCUGUGUGGUGACACGCUCCGCACAGUCGUCGACGAGGGCAUACGGGAGGUGUGCCAGACGGAGCUGACUGAGGCCCGGCGCCAGCACGAGAUGGCGCUGCAGCGUCAGUGGGCCAGGGACCGGCGGGACCAGGAGAUGAAGGAGCGCCUGGGUGCGGUGCUGACCGAGACACUGAUAGCCGAGGUCUGUCUCGACGAGACGAACGAUUUGGCAGAGGAGGAAAUCAUGCUUGUGGAGAAGGAAAGGAGCAGGCACGCAAAGAACAGGGCGGCGGACACGAUCUGCGCCACCCUAUGGACGGAGGAGGCUGAGCGGCUGGCCUGGGAGACGGCCAUCGAGGUUCACACCGACCACCGGCGCCAGAGGGCAGCCCGCCUGCAGGCCGCCACAGAGAUCGGUCGCCGCCUGACACUGCGCCGCCUGGUGUGA